UCCGGUGGACGUAGCGACGGCGAAGAGCGACCAAAGACCACCGAAAGACCCACUGUCUGACGGGCACGCAAAGGGAAUCCCGACAGCCAAACGCGGAGAUUGAUUACAUUUCUCAAUUACGCACUGGCGAAAUUGAUCCUUGCUCGACACGAGACUUGUGGAUUUGCAUCGUGCUUUUGAUUUAUUUCUUCUCGUCCAAGGAAAACAGGAUGAUCAGUACAGUGGACUUCAGCGCACUCGACUUUCUAUGCGCAGCAACCGAGAACGGCGCUCAAACCGAGCGUGAUGCCGACUUUGAGGGGCUUCUGAAACCUAAAGUUGAGCAGCCGGAUCCUUCUUUCCUCCCAGACCUGAGUGAAAGCUCUGGUGACGGUCUGCCUCCUUCCCCACUCACAUACACCGGCACUUUCCAUGCUGAGACAGCCGCGUGCAGCGCGGACGCUCUGCUGAACAUGAUCACUGAGAUCGUGGGCAUCUGCACAAAUCCCAUGUACGAGAGCCACCGCGAUGACUUCUCGCAGUCGAUAGCAACGAGCUCAAGCUCCCGCGGCAGUGUGCUCUACAGACAGGGCUCGGUGGGCUCCACGGGCAGCUCCACGCCCUCUCUGGGAUCCCCCGAGCCGCUCUGCAACGACCCCUCCGACGACUUCAUGGAUGUGUCCAGCCAACAGCAGCUGUUCCCGGUGACUGUUAAGAAGGAGCGUGAGGAGGACUGCCGCGGCUGCGACUUCUUUGAUGUGUUGAGCGUGUCAGACACCCGACUCUCGGAUCAGGACGCAGACCUGGAUGACAUCAUCGACCUGCUUUCCCCACUCUGUCCUGAGACAGACUCGUUGGACACUCAAACUCUGGACACUUGGAUUAAACAGGAAGCGGUCUGCGUGGAGCAGUGCUCACACAGUGCGACCACAUCUAACCAAACUCCCACCUCCAUCAACAUCCCAGCUCCAUCAACUCUAACCGGAAACGCGUUCUAUAGAGCAGCCUUUCCAAACGGCCAGCUGUUUGAUCUGAACUGUUCCUCGGUGCUGGACUCUCUGCUCUUCUCCAACACUUCAACCACCAGCAGAAGCCGAGGUCAAUCGAGUAAAACGGGCACCAGGAAAGGCGCCCCGCGUGAAAAGCCCUUUUCCUGUCCAGUGGAGAACUGCGACCGGCGCUUCUCGCGCUCCGACGAGUUGAACCGCCACGUGCGCAUUCACACGGGCCACAAGCCGUUCCAGUGCCGCGUGUGCAUGCGGUGCUUCAGCCGCAGCGACCAUCUGACCACGCACAUGCGCACGCAUACCGGUGAGAAGCCCUUUUCGUGCGACGUGUGCGGCCGCCGGUUCGCCCGGAGCGACGAGAGGAAGAGGCACUGGCGCGUGCACCUCAAGCAGAGGGAAAGGAUGCAACAGAAGGCUGAGCUCUUGGCAGCACGCGCUUUCGCCUUACCGGGUCUCGUGUGAGCGCGCGCUCUUGGGUCAAAAAAAAAAAACGUGUGUUCACCUGCUACGAAGGGAAGCUUCUGGUUAAAGUAAAGCACAGUUUACCGGCGCGAGACGGUUCACCAGAUGGAAGCGUGAAAAGCUCAAAGUUGCAGUCACGCAAAAAAAAAAAAAACAUAUAUAAUGGGGGAAUGAUCGGAGAGAAAAGUGGCCUGAUUUUGGCACCACUUUCAAUGGACUUCCGGUGCGCAGAUGCCGUGGUGUCCCUUUGACGAGGUCAUAACCAAGACUGCACAUUACUUGGAUAUUGGACUCUUCGAGUCUCUCGAGUGUCGUAUAUUUUUGCUGUUGAAAUUAAAAAUGCAUGUUUUCUUCCAUAUGUUAUUAAAACUGUUCGGCGCUGCUAGACCAUGUCAUGCAUGCACAUGAUCCAACUUUUACUAAAUGGUCAUCGUGUUGUAUUUUGAUACUUCAUUGUGUAUAAAUAUAAGACUAAAGAAACCUAUAUUUGUAUAUUUUCGAUGGGUAUUUUUUUACUGAACAAAAUGACAGAAGAAUAUAGAAAAAAAAUCUUCUUAGAGAUUUUAUCAGAAUGUUGUAUUCAACUUUUUACAAAUGGAGCGCUUGACUGGUUCCCUGGGAACCAAACGCAGAUGAAGACAUCAACAUAGUAGUUGAGUUUCAGUAGCACACUUGGUUGUGCAGAUAUCUUAUUUUGUCUAUUUGCAUUUUUUUUUUAUGAAAUCAAAUGUUACUGUGCAAUGCCACGCCGUUUAAAGCCUAAUGGGUAUUUCAGAUCAUUUAUGAAUGAAAUAAAAUGGACUGUUUAUUGAG